UGCUGCCAGGUGUGUUCUCAGAGUCUCAUGCAUGAGGUCCCAGUACGUCCCCAUUGAUAGCUGUCUCCAUCGCCAUACUCUGCCAUGUGCCACUUUUCAGGUCUCCUCACACUGCUGGUGUUUUCCAAUUUUUUGUCAUAGGGUGCUGGCAGAUUACGGGCCUCCCAUAGCUGCUAGCCAGGCCCCUAAUCUGCCAUGGGCCCCUAUACCGCCUCCUCAUGCAUGCUGCCAAGUCCAGAGUCCUCUCAUGGGUCCCUGUACGGCCUCCAUAUUAGAUUGCUGCUGUCUCCAUCGCCACACUCUGCCUAUGUGCCACUUUCAGGUCUCAAUCACACUGCUGGUGUAUUCCAUUUUU